AUGUCUCAAUCAACCCCUUCAAGUAAUAAUAAUAAUAAUGAAGCCGUGGGGCGAGCCUCUAGGAACAACUUAGGUGAUAUGCGUUUCUAUGAGCGUAAAUUUCCGAAUCUAGAAGAGUUAGUGAUGGUUAAAGUACAAAGAAUAGCAGAAAUGGGUGCUUACGUCUCUUUAUUAGAGUAUAAUAAUAUGGAGGGCAUGAUUCUAAUGUCCGAACUCAGCAAAAGAAGGUUUCGAUCGGUCACGAAGCUUGUCAAGGUUGGUAGGCUUGAAGCCGUUAUGGUUCUGAGGGUUGACGCAGUUAAGGGGUAUAUAGAUCUCAGUAAGAGCAGGUAA